CCUUUAGAUAGAUCUUAUGAGGGUGACACCAGACAACAAAAGACCUUUUUUGUGAUAGGGAAGGUAAAAAAAUAACUUCAACGCUUCAUUAUUAAAAACAAAGACCAUCCUUAGUAGACCCAACUAACACAGACGAAUCAAGACAGACCUUUUAAACGUGGUAAGAGAUAUUACAAGCUUGAGACUUUUAUUUAUACAGCACAGGUGAGACAGUCGUUAUUCCAGAAAGGGCAUUAUAGGGCACCAUCUGAAGGCAUUAAAGGCAGCAUAGGCUAUACACUAUCCAUACCAACGAGAAUCCUAGACCAGAUUGAAAAAAAAACCCUAAGGCGCGAGAAACAGGGUCGAGCCAGGUCACGGGAGGCACUCAAAGAGACGCGAGGAGACAGAAAGAGGUCGGAGCCAAGUCAGAGGAAAAAAAUGAUAAAAAAACAAAAUUAAAAAACACAGUAAUGGCAACAAUCAGGGAGUCGUGCGGUGGUCGCAGAACGGAGGAAUUUUGUAGGAGAACGGUGCGCCAGCGACGGAGUGUGCUGUUCGAGGAGACUACCUUGCACGUGGUGAUCUCGGGGCUCCAUCUACGCUGCUAGCCUGCCCCGCCCAUGCCGGCUAGCCCCUCCCCCUCGAGGCUAGCCCCGCCCACCGAGGCUCACUCCACGCUUACACUCAACCAUUCCAGUACCUUGGGACCAAGCGACCGACCGACGCCACGUGCCACCUCCUUUGAUAACUCCCAUGACCUGAGGUCGUCCUUGUGACCCGUUGUGGCCUCUCGGUGACCUUGAGCAAAGCCCUCAAAGGCGCCCACGGGCUCUCGAGAUCUAAGCCGCCCGCUCCCCGCCCACCAUCUCCACCACUCGGGCGUUCCCUAAUUACGCCUCCACCCACAGUCUUCGCGAAGUCCCACGUGUCCCGUGCGGACGGACGCCCGUGUCUGGUCCUCCUCAAGGUUCCUGACGUGACGAUGGUCGGCGGCAGCGUGGCGGGCAGUCACGGCAUCGAGGAGUUCCGCGUGGUGACCCGCGCCUCCGGCGGCGUGGAGGAGGCCGGUCCCACCGCAGCCUGCCUGGCGCUGGAGGCGACCAAGAGUCCCCUGCAGGGCGAGCAGGCGGACCACCCCGGCCUGCCCCGCGCCUGGUCCAACCCGCAGAUCUCCAGCCACAUCCGGCCGGGCCUUGAGCCGCCGCAGAUCCACACCACCACCGUCACCGACGCCGUGUUCGAGGUGGACGUCGCCCGCGGCGUCUGCAUCAAGACGUCGCGGGAGGGCUCGCCUCUCACGCCCGAGCGCCGCCAGAGCAUGCCGGACAUCGGCGUGUGCGAAAACGACGACGUGGGCGAGGAUGAGGCAGUCGUCGGGUGCAAAAUCGAGUUCCGAGUGCUUGACAAGGACAGGAAGUUUUCCGAGCCAUCUGGGCCCACCACCAUCGUGGCCAGCCAGACGCGGGUGUCUCGCCAGGAGCUGUCUGCCGUCGUGCCCGCGCCGCCCGCCUUCAACGCCGGGGCCGAGGACACGCCUGCGCCCGCCACACUCGACCUGCCCCCCAGCGCGUCCGCCAAAGUCACCGCCCUGCAGGCCAGCCCGCACGCGCUGCCCGACGAGCGCUCCGUCUACUACGACGCCCCGCCGCCGGACGACGCGUCGCAGCCCGGCCUCAAGAUCCACGCCAAGUCGACGUCGCCGCGCAGCGACGCGAACGAAGAGAGUGCCAAGGGAAGCGACGCCGCCGACGCUGCCGCCAAGGACAAGGCGGACGUGCGGAGCGGCAAGAAGGACGAGGCCCGGCGGCGGCUGGGCGUCGUGGCGCUGCCCAUCGUGCUGGAGGACCACAAGGACCGAGACGGAGAACCGACCACGCAAUACGACUCGGCCGCCCACCCGCCCGACACCAGCCGCUAUGAGUCGGCGGCGCACGACCCGACCGCCGGCCCCACCGCGCAGGAGACGUCCCGCUACGAGACGGUGAUGGGCGCGCCGCCGCCCGAGUCCUCGCGCUACGAGACGGUGAUGGGGCAGCGCGACACGGAGCAGCGGACGCGACACGACACGCUCUGCGAGGAGGACAAGUCGCUCACGUCGGAGCGGAGGCGGUCGCUGGAGUUCGUGCUCGAGGAGAAGCUGGAUAACGACGACAUGAGAAAGAUCUCGGUGAUCAACCUGCAGGACCUGAACACGGCCUUCCAGGUGUCCACCAUGAUGAACAGAUCGCGCACAGUCACGCCGUCGGUGUCGCCGCGAGGAACGCCUCCGCACAGCGAGAGCGGCGGCCGGCGAAGUCGCUCCUCACGCCACCGCCGCUCCUGCGAGGACCUGCUCGAAGAGGGGUCGGAGGAGUCUUCCAGAACCAACACGCCGCGCCCCACGGACCUCCAGCCUCGGUCUUCCCUGUCCCCCGACACGCCGCGGGGCCCCGCCGCGCGCAAAUCCCCCGCCGCGCAGGAGGACUCCUCGCAAAAAAGCCGCAUUCCUGUGCCUCUCUGGGCCCGCACCGCCAAGGACGGCGAGCCCGACAACAGCCACAACGUGCCCUCCGGAGGCAGGAGUCCGCGCUACUCGGAGGCGGAGCGCGCGGAGGCGGCGCGCAGGAUCUCCGUGGCGCUGGCGGAGAAGGUGACGUCCCCGGGCAACGAGGAGGACUCGAGCACGCGGAGCGGCGCGUCCGAGCACCGGUCGGGGCGGGACCGCGGCUCCUCGCGCGAGUUCCAGCACUCCGUCAGCCAGGAGGACCACUCCGAGGACCUCGCGGACCUCACGCCGGCGCUGCGCAGACGCAGGCAGGGCGUCGAUAAGUACGUCACGGACGAGACGCAGCUCAACCUGCGGUUCCAACGGCGCCGCACGCGGCCCAUGUCCGACGUCACGCCGCCGCCGCCCGCGAUGCUGCAGACCAGGAACCGCCAAAGCAGACAGCGCGUGUCCAUGAUCGAGGCUGGGGCGGGCGGCCGCUACUUCGACGGCGGCCGAGGCGUGCCUUCUUACCUCCUGAAGCCCCAGCACGAGGAGUCGAGCGAGUCGGAGAGCUCCCACCCCCGCAAGCCGCGGCCCCCCGCCUCCGAGCCGCCGUCCGCCGCCAGGGACGUCGCCGCCAGAAUCCGCCGCUACCGCCCCCUGAGCGCGGACAGCAGCGACAACUACCGGCGUCAGCAUCCGCAGCGCACCGUGUCUCCGGACUGACAGGAACCCCGGCCCUAGUCCUCGUCAGGAGGAGGUGUUCGGCUCCCAUACCCCCCCACCUGCAGUCCCCUACCGAGCUGCCACCCAUACCCCCCCUCACACACCACCCAGAAGCGCACAAACUCUCCCCCUCCCCCCGUGGUGGGCGUCGACGCAUGCAAAGUGUGCACGCAGGAGCUCAACAGCCAGAGACGAGCGUUCGACGAGACUUACCUUCCGUACCGGCAGCAGGACCUCCCUCCGCAGCAGCAGGUCGUGUUCGCCACCGUGACCAAACUGAAACACAGGCGCAAGAGAAAGGUGUGCGGGUGCUGGCAGAUCUUCCAGCGCGCCCGCGGCAAGACUCUCACGGCCAACAAGAGCCAGGAGAUCGCCAGAGCGCGGCUCAACAUCUGCUGAAACGAGGCUUGGAAGGUUGGGUCGUCGUCUUCAUCAUCAUCAGGCUUUUUUUUAUUAUUGACUAUCUUUCCGUGUUCAUAUUUUUUUUGAAAAGUAAACGGUGCUUUUUGCCUAGUAGUCGAUGCGAUUUUGAUACUUCUGUCACGUCGAGAACCACCAGUGACCGGAACAUAGGAAUUCAGAUAAGGAUACAUAAUUAUCCUGAAGAUGUGUCGUCGCGAUGGCGUAAAUGAUGAAAAGACAGGCCGGAAGUGUCUCUUGCAAGCCACGAUAGCAGUGUGCAGUGCAACAGCCGCAAGCACAGAAGAAGACAGGGAAGGAGAAGGUUCCUGGCGCCUCGGGGAAGAAGGGAGGAGCUCGGUCCUCGGCUUCACAAAACUGCUUUAGCUCAGAGUGCCACACUUGGGUAAAAAAAAGGGUAUCCAAGAAAAAAAAGGUGGAAACGAGAUUAUAGUUCAUAUAGAUAAAAUGAUAAGUGUGAUAUACGGGGGAGUGUGAUUCGGGGAUAUAUAUAUACAUAUAUACACGGGAGCUGUUUCCUCACACUGAAUGACGGCAGCCUGGCGGCAGUGGACGCUACCGACCGCCAAAAGGACUCGCUGGCCGCCAAAGAAAAGAAAAAGAGACCCAGUUGUCUUAGCAGUGUGAGGAGGGGCCAUGGGAGCCACACAGUCCUCGGCCGCCGCCACGCAGGACCGGGGCAGCGUGACGCGGGAGGUGCCGUCGUCGCCGCGUCGUCGUCGUAUCGUCGUCGGCGUCGGCGUCGGCGUCGGGUCGCCGGACGUCGCUUUCGUCGUCGCCGUCGUCGGGAACGUCACCUGCACUUGGUUGUGAUAUUUGCUAUGUACGUUUCUGUGUACCAACACUUGCUAGGUUAGGUUAGUAACUGUGCCAUCCUACGUUGCCAUAGACUUUGACUCUUGACCGGUCACGUGACUGGCCACAACUCCCACAGGUCGCAAGAGUUAUCUUUUCACUUGAGAAAGACAUCGGUUAUGAUUAUAAUAAUAAUAAUAAUAAUAAUUAAUAAUUAAUAAUAAUAAUAAUGAAUGAUAUUAGAAAGAAAAGAAAAAAACUGGAAAUGAAGAAUGGAUGAAGAAAAAAACAACAACAACAACAUUUACUUUUAAUGUACAUUAUUAUUUAGAUAUGUAUUAAGGCGCCUACGAUCAAAUAUGUGAUGUAAUAAUCUUUAGUGUUUUCUCUGAUCUAGGUACCUGUGUUUUCACUUUUAAAGGGUUCUGGAUGACUGUUGUAAAUUUAUCAAAAAGAAGUCAUGAGUUUUAGCCUUUGAUAUUGCUGUUAACGAAACUAUUUUUUGGGGAAUUACUGCAAUAUAUACAUAUAGAGAGAUAUAUAUUCUGGUGAAUCUCAAAAAAUAAGGCCUCAUGCAUAUUUGCCCAGAUACUCAGUAGCCCCCUUCCCACACUUUCACACAUUGAAGCUUUGACGUAACUCUUCCUAUGGUGAUGAUAAGAAAUAAAUAAAUAAAUAAAAAAAAAAACAUUAAUGAUAACUAAUGAUGAAUGCUGUAAGUAUUUCUAAUAACGGUGCACAUGCAGUAAGCUGAUGAUGCAUAUUUUUCUUUUUUUUUUUCUUUUUUUUUUCUUUUUUUGUGAAUAAGUUUAUCGAGUCAAAAUGUUGGGUUCCAUUUUGUUGCCCCCCCCCCCUUCCUCACGAUAGACCCCCCCCCCCCUUUAAUACCCCCUUAGUCCCCCCCACCCCACCCCCACCCCUCGUGCCAUCGCCUGUGUUGCAGGUUUGUUGAUAAGAAUGCUCCCUAACUCCAAUGCAAUUAAUUUCUUUACGAAUAUUUAGAAGUGAAAGAAGUCCAAGUGUAAAAAAAAGAAACAUUUUUUUUUUU